UCGGGAGAGAGAACUCUUUUGAAGGUAUCAUAUCGUCUCGAACCGUGACUUGGUUUGGAUCUGUGUGGAUUGUUAGCGAGUUGGUGGAUAGUGGUGGGUUAGUUUCUUUCCGUGUGUUGGCUUGCGCCUCCGCGCGCACUGUUUGCUGUCCAUCUACACCUUAUAGGUGGUCCGCUUUCUCCAAUCUGUGAUUUUUCUGUUGUCAUAUUUGCUAUUUAAGUUUCAUUGUUAAGAGCUACAUUUUAAACUACUUGUCACGAAAAUCGCGUUACCCGUACUGUACGAACUUUGGCGAAACGAGUUCGUGCAAUGUCGGUCCGAUUUUGGCUUGUUGCGGUCUUCACCGUAACCGUGUUAUCCUACCACCUUGUGCCAUGCGAAUGUCAAUCAUCCGAUGAGAGUGCUGUAGCUCUAAAUUCUACAAGCAGUGCCGAGUCGUUGGUCAAUGACACCAGCAACAAUGCCACCGUUCAAGCCGUCAGCAACUUGGAACGCAAUGGUAACAACAGUUCCGGAUCAUCUUCGCCGUCUGGCUGGAAUCGCCUAUUGAGAAAAUUUUUCGAUCGCCCUUCGUCUCAACAAAAACAUGCUGACAAGAACCGUAUUAUCUUGGAGAAUCUCAACAACAUCCAGUCGAACCCUGAAACAGCCAACACAACUUCCAGCGUUGCUUUCCACGACGAGGAAACAGUAGCCAUUAUUACCUACGUUAACAAGAACGUGAAUAGCUGCAAGUUAAUGGAAGUCAACUAUCACUACCAAGCUGUAGAAGUGCUGAAAAAUCUUUCGGUCUACAUGCCAAUUUACCCAGUUGACACCCAUACCAUGGUCAACCUCAUUAAACAAUGUCAGUAUCUAAGGGGACCUAUAGAGAUGAACGGAAGGGGAUGGACAUCUAGAUCAAUGAGGUCAGAGAACUCGACGUCAUCUAAUUCGUGGACAACGUUUGUCACGACUAUUGUUCCAGGAACGAAAUGGUGUGGUCCAGGAGACGUUGCCCAGUCUUACGAUGACCUAGGUGCUCUAAUCGAAGUGGACAAGUGCUGUCGGGCACACGACCACUGCCCGAUUAAAGUGAAGGGUUUCGCCAGCGCGCAUGGCUUGAUGAAUCUAUCAUUUUAUACCAAAUCUCAUUGCGCCUGCGACGACGAAUUCUUUAGCUGCUUGAAGGCACUUCCGACUCCAGUGUCGCGGAUGAUCGGCAAUCUCUAUUUCAAUGUCAUCCAGAUGCCGUGCGUUGAUGAGCUGCAAUUGUCCGUUCCAGACGGACUACCCAAGCCGAAACUCGAAAUUUUGCAGCCGGAGCUAUGUACAGCCAAAAUCUCAAGAAGUGGAGAAUGCACAGGUCCCUCCGUUAGAAGACCUUUUCAACCGAGACCCUACAAGUUCGUCACCAUAAACCGCGUAUUUUAAGUUGAUCUUAUAACACCUACUUUCCUGGAGUUUCACUCCCAACAAAUCAAACCUUUCUUACUCUCGCAUCCUCAAUAUACGGACGGAUUCUUCCUCCA